UAUUUAUUAUUGUAAGAACAGGAUACAGUACCGCAUCUUCUUCCUCCAAGUCAACUCAAGUUAUAUGUUUGGAUCCAUUUCUGGCACUGCUCACAAUGCCGGAGGAACAAGCCAAGGACAUCAGUGUGCGGGUCGCCAUCCGUUCCCGCCCCCUCAUAUCCAAGGAGGUUGCUGAGGGAUGUCAGCUGUGUGUCUCCUUCACACCUGGUGAGCCUCAGGUCAUCCUAGGCAAGAACAAGGCGUUCACGUUUGACUAUGCUUUGAGGGCAGAGGACCCACAGGAGAUGGUCUACCAGAAGGUGGUGGCACGUCUGGUGGAUGGACUUUUUAAAGGUUACAAUGCAACGGUCUUGGCGUAUGGCCAGACUGGAUCGGGAAAGACCUAUGCCAUGGGUAAUGCGUACAAUAUGACUGACGAGCUAAAGAUGGGGGUCAUUCCUAGGGUCAUCCAGAAUAUCUUCCAAUUGAUUGAGGAGAAGCAGGACAUGGAGAUCGUCCUGAAGGUCUCUUACCUAGAGAUUUACAAUGAGGACAUUCAUGACCUACUCUCAAAGGACAAGAAGGAGACACUUGCUAUCAGAGAAGAUAUAGAUGGUGGAAUCAGAGUGGCUGGACUAAGUGAGGUGACAGUGACCAGUGCGGGUGACAUGUUUAGAUGUCUAGAGAAUGGCUCAGUAGGCAGGACCACAGGGUCGACGGCCAUGAACCUCCAGUCCAGCAGAUCACAUGCUAUCUUCACCAUCUAUGUACAGCUCAAGAAGAAAGAUUCAAGCGAGUCCUUCUGUCAUGCCAAAUUCCAUUUGGUGGAUCUUGCCGGUUCGGAGAGAGCGAAGCGCACCCAAGCACAGGGAGAUCGAUUCAGAGAAGGUGUAAAUAUCAACCGUGGUCUGCUAGCUCUUGGCAAUGUCAUCAGUGCGCUGGGAGAUGAGAAUGGACGCAAGUCACAUAUACCGUACAGAGACUCCAAGCUGACUAGACUUCUACAAGAUUCUUUAGGAGGCAACAGCCAGACCGUGAUGAUCGCUUGCAUCAGCCCUGCAGACUCCAACAUGGAAGAGACCCUGAACACACUGCGCUAUGCGGACAGGGCCAGGCGUAUCAAGAACAAACCCAUCGUCAACAGAGACCCACAGGCAGCAGAGCUGAAUAAACUUAAGCAGCAGGUUCAACAACUUCAGAUCCAGCUCCUUCAAGGCAAAAUUCUCAACGGAGAGGGUGAUUCCGCAGCUGUGAUUAUGGAAGGAGGACAAGAUCUGAAGACCUUAUUGGAGAGAAACAAGUCCCUUGAGGCUGAAAACACAAAGCUUUCCAAUGAAUUGCAGGCAUCUAUUGACCAAACCACUCAGAUGUAUGAAAAGGUCAUCCUAGCUGAGAUGACCAAAGAAAAGCUCAAACAAAAACUCGUGGAGCUCAGAGCGAGCGCCAACAUGAGCAUCGGAGUUCUCGACAUGACCAUCGCCGAGGGAGGUGCUGAGCAUGACAUGUCAAAGGUCAAAGAGCAGCUAGGGGUCAUGAAAGACCUUCAACAGAAGAUAGCAGAUUUAGAGAAUCAGCAGGAGGAGGAUGAGAAGGCUGAAGCGCUGUAUGGGGAUGAUGAGUCGAGACCCACAACUGCUGCUACAUCAUCCGAUGAGUCCGAAUUCACUGGACCUUCCCCGCGGCCCGAAGGCGAGGCUUCCUCCUCACCCGACAUCACCAAGACCCAUGCCCUUCGCCAGGCAGCCCUUAGCAGGGAGCUUCAUGAGCUGAACCAUGCCCUGGCUAGGAAACAGGAGCUUGCCCAGACCAUGGGGCAGAGUGAUGAGAAGAUGCAAGUCAUGAGGAUACAAUAUGAGACGACGAUGAAGCAGCUGGAAGACCAGGUGAAUACACUGUCAAAGGAGAAGGAGACCCUGAGCCAUGAACUCUUUGCAUCCAAGACAAAUGCAAACUCUAACAAGUUGAGUGAGCAGCGUCGUAAGAGACUGCAGGAGUUGGAGGCACAGCUUGGUGAGUUGAAGAAGAAGAUCAACUCACAAGCCAAGCUCGUCAAACUCAAAGAGAAGAGCGAUCUAACCGUCGGCAAACUCAACAAUGAGAUCGGGUCAAUGAAACAAGCCAGGGUGAGACUGAUGAAACAGAUGAAAGAAGACACCGGCAGAUUCCAGCAAUGGAAACGGACCAAGGAUAAAGAAGUACUACAGCUCAAAGCAAAAGACCGCAAGCGCCAGUUUGAGUAUACAAGGUUGGAACGUCAGAACCAGAAGACCCAGAAUGUACUCCGGAGAAAAAUGGAGGAGGCAUCAGCUGCUAAUAGACGCUUGAAAGAUGCUCUUGAGAAGAAGAGUAAUGCAAGGAAUGGCAAGACGAAUGAUACAAAUAGACUGGAAGGCAUGGGCAAGAGGAUUAAGUCAUGGAUUGACCAUGAGCUUGAGGUACGUGUGAGUGUGAACGAAGCCAAGAGGCAUCUAGCCUCGCUCCUCAACGACCGAAAGACCCUGUCCAAGGAGAUCGGCCGACUGGAGAGAUCGCAAUCAACACCACAGGGUGACAGUCAGGAACCAAGUGGAAAGCCAUUGUUGAGUAGAUUGAAUGAGCUGAGAUCAGAGAUUGAACUACGUAACGCCCAGAUCUCCGAUCUCCAGCAGAAAAUAAUGGACGCUGACAAUGAUGAGAAGUCACAGACGAAUAGAUGGCAUAACAUCACCAGUAUGCCUGAAGCUAAGUGCAGCAUAGACAGACUCAUGGAGGCAGCUACCUUGUCACGGGUAGAGAUGGGCAUCCUACAGAGCAAGCUCUCUGAUCAUCAGUCAUCCCUUGACGAUGCGCAUAAAGACAAGGAAGAGAUGGAGACGGAGAUGGACCAGGUGAAGAUGGCAUACGAGAGAGAAAGGACGGAAAUACAAAGAGCUCAUGAAGACAAGAUUCUGUAUCUACUGACUCAGCUCUCAUCAGCUUCUGACAAAGUGGACGAAUCUGAACAGAAGAUGAAUGGAGAGGAGAGCAUGCUCAAACAAAGACUUCAUUUCCAGGAGGAGCAGAUUGAGGAGUUGAAGUCCAUACAUGAACAGCUUCAAGAGACAAUACUAGAGAAUGAUGAGCUCAAGAAGAAACUGACUGUAGCGACGUACAAGGGAAAGAAGUCUGCACUUAUGCCUGUUCUCACAUCCCCAGAGGCCUCACCCAUCCCUCAGAUGAAACCUAAGAAGAAGAGAUCAACCGCAGUUCCUAAAGCGAAGAAAAUAGAACGUGUCACUCUUGAGGAAUUCUUUAGUGCUGGGGAGAGUGAUUCUGAGUUUAGUCCUGAUUCAGAAUCGGACUGGAUGGAAACUCCCGUCAAGAAGAAGAUAUCUCGAGCCAAGACAUGUAACUGCAAAAUUAAGUGUCGCGGUACAUGCGGCUGUAAGAGGAACGGUCGUUCCUGCAGCAAGGCCUGCAGGUGUGACCCGACAACCUGUGCGAACCGCAAAGGUCGCGAUUCAUAUGAUCCAGAUGAGAGUGCAGAAUCGACUUCCACCAACAUCACCAGCGUAGAAAACACAGACAUGAUGAACACCACUGUCGUCAUAGAAAACAGCGCAUCGGAAGCAGACGCAGACACUCCUGGCCUCCGGGACUUCAAGCUGCCAAGCAAGCCCCACCCCCGCAAGGUCCUGGCCCCUGCCAACGGCUCAGUGGAUGCUGGCAAAACCGUCAAACCGAAGUUAAAGCGGGAGAAUGCCUUUGGAGGGGCUUCCCGCAAGCGAUCGUCCGAUGCCCUGAAGCCGAAGGGCGAUGUCGCCGGGAUCAAGGGGUCAUUGACCAACGUGGAGAAUGAGGGGAUCGUGAAGCGAAAGAGGAAACUGCUGGGUCCCAGUAACCGCAGCUUCUUCAAACCUCUGGAUGUCUGAUUGAGCUGAUAAAAAUCACUAAAAAGUAUAAGAGACAAUUCUUUGGUGAGAGGGGCAUUUUUCCUAUCAGGAGCAUAUUUUGGGAAAGUAAAGUGAAUGCUUGAAGAGGAGUUGUAGAUGCUUCUGUAUUUCAAAGCAUUGGAAAGCUAGCUGAGACUUGUUGUGAUUGUAUUUGUUUUGUAUUGUGUGUGAAAUUGACUAAAGAGAUACAACAUGAAUUAAUGGUGAAACAUUGAUGUAACUGUGGCCUAUUCUGCAUUGCUUCUGAAGAAAGCAAGCGAACAAAAUAAAUGUAUUAUCAAGUGCAAAAGAAAUGAUGAAUUAAUGCAUUCUAUAUUAGAAUUGUCGCUUUCAGUGAGCAUUUUGUACAUGUAUGGUGAAACAUUGAUGUAACUGUGGCCUUUUCUGCAUUGCUUCUGAAGAAAGCAAGUGAACGAAAUAAAUGUAUGAUCAAGUGCAAAAGAAAUGAUGAA